GAAGGCCGGGACUUCAAACGCUAUCUAUUACAGUCUGAGUCACACUGCUAUCUCCAGGAGAUGCCGGCAGUGACUCAUCGUUUACACCGGCUGGUACUGUGAGGCGCUGUGUUCUCUCAAAAUGGCGCUCACGUUCGCAGCUGUUGUUUCGAAAAUGACAGGUGGUGAUUAUUUUGAAGAUUUUAUGUGAACGUUUUAUCCGAAAGUUCGUGCAUUUUUUUGUCAAAAAUGUCAUUUUUAGACAUACUCAAGCAAUGGAGGCUUUGGAUUCGACCUGUUGUAAUGGUGGUGUAUGGUUUAAUAAUAAUAGUUCUCUUACCAUUUCUUGUGGCGAAAGCUGUCAAAAAUGGAUUCAAAAAACAAGAUCAAGGGGUUUUAUUUGGCAGUAUUUUUGUUAUGAUGGCUCUUCCCAUAUCGUUAUGGGAAAUAAUUCAACAUAUGAUACAUUACACAAAACCUUACCUUCAAAAACAUAUUAUAAGAAUAUUGUGGAUGGUACCCAUAUAUGCUGUUAAUGCUUGGUUUGGGCUUCUCUAUCCAAAACAAUCGAUAUAUGUUGACAGCCUCCGUGAAUGUUAUGAAGCCUAUGUAAUUUACAACUUCCUUGUUUACCUCCUGAACUACUUGAAUUCAGAAAUGGAUUUAGAAGCCAAUCUAGAAUUGAAACCUCAAGUAAAACAUAUAUUUCCGUUGUGUUGCUUAGUUCCUUGGGAGAUGGGCAGAGAAUUUGUUCACAUGUGUAAGCAUGGAAUUCUGCAGUAUACAGUUGUGCGUCCACUUUCUACAUUCAUUUCAUUCAUUUGUGAGAUGAGUGGUGUGUACAAAGAGGGGGAGUUCCGUGGUGAUGCUGCAUUUCCAUACAUGAUAGCAAUUAAUAACUUUUCUCAGUUCAUUGCAAUGUAUUGUCUGGUGCUAUUUUAUCGGGCAAAUAAGGUAGAACUGCAACCCAUGAAGCCUAUUGGCAAAUUUCUUUGUAUAAAAGCUGUAGUUUUCUUCUCAUUCUUCCAGGGUGUAGUAAUUGCUAUUUUGGUGUGGACAAAUGUUAUUUCAUCAGUGUUUGAUAUUAAUGAUACUGAUAAUCUAAAGGAUAUAUCUUCCAAAUUACAGGACUUUUUGAUCUGCAUUGAAAUGUUUCUUGCUGCAGUAGCACAUCAUUUUAGUUUCUCUUAUAAACCCUAUGUAAAUCCAGAAUCAGAACAACUUUCAUGUUGUUCUGCAUUUCUUGCAAUGUGGGAUGUUUCCGAUGUUCAUAGAGAUAUCAGAGAGCAUCUUGAAGUUGUAGGCAAAAGUCGUGGGGGGAGUUCGUUAAGCAGGCACAUAAGAGGUCGAGGGAUGUAUCGAUAUGCUGCGGGUAGUGCAACAGAGAGUUCUCGGCUCUUAGUUCCAGAGGUUGGUGCUGAUAAUAUAAAGAGUGCUCCUGCGAGAUUAGGUGACCUGCAGACUGGGUACUAUGAUAGCAUGUCACCUACUAGUGAUGUAGCAACUGAAGCAGGAAGUUACCAGGGAGUUGAUGAUGUUGGGCAAAGUGGUAGUUGUAAUACUACUGAAAGUCACAAAACAAGCCCUACAAAGUAUGAUGACUCUUUAAUAGAUUUUACUGACACUAGUCCUGAAGGUGAUAAACAGUUUACGUCAUCAAAAGUUUCAUAACACUGAAAGGAAUAUGUAUGAAUUUGUGCAGCUAUGGCUAGUUUCAUAAUGUGUAAAUAGUGCACAUCAGAUCUCAGUCACACGAAGAUUAUGAAGAAGUAUUUCUUGUGCGUGGGUUUUAUCAGUAUGUAAAAGAUAAACACAGGGGUGGAGUCAAAACUUCACUUAUUUUUCAACACAUUAGUUCACUGCUUCUGACCUAGUAUACACUUUUGUUCACCACUUUUGGUCUCCUCCUUAAUUUCUUGUUGUCUUUAUUUAUAUUAUAUAUUUGAUUUCACUUUUAGUUUUCAAAACAUUUAUAGCAUUAUAAAUGGUUUUUAAUUGCUAAAAUUGUUUAGAUUUUCUAUGUAAAAACAAUUGAAAUACUUUCAUAUAAUUAUCUAGUACCAAAAGUAUUUGUAAUUUAUUGUAAAAGUAUUGUAAUUUUUUUAAUAUUUUCUUACUUUUUGAAAAUCUUUUUUCAAGAUGUUCAUAAUAAUUUUUCAGAUAAUUACUUAUGUGCAGUAUUUCGCUUUUUUCUUUUUGCAAAAAUUAUAAAACUUUGUUCUGGGCAUUGAGUCCAGGAUUUUGAUAUACAGUGUACAAUAAAUUGUACAUCAAGAUUGAUAAAGAAUGUGAUAUAACAAACAAUAGUGUGGAUUACCCAUGAUACGUGUUGACAGAAUUGCUAUUAUGCUGAAGUGUUAUAUUGAGUCUAUCUGACAUAACAGAAAUGUAGAAAUCAAAUGUGAGUUAAAAUUAGCAUACAUAAUGUAGAUACAUACUAUUUUCUAUGUAUACAAUGACAGAUACUUCAGCUUUUGUUUACAUGUUUGUAAUGCUUUAAAAUGAAAGAAUCAUGUUUUUGAUAUAGGUAUUCCUUAAAAUGCAACAUUUAUAAGAAAGAGGAAUUGAGAAGUUUUUAGUCCAUUCAUUUUUGUUGCACGUUUACUGCUAGUCCAAAUGAAAUGUGAACUGUUGCAAGAUAUAAAUAUUGCUAAAAAUGUAUUCUUAAAAGACAAAGGCAUGUAUGUUUCUGUCUACAUGUAUUAUUUCUUGCAAUGCACAAUUCCAGUAAGGAUGGUGUUACUUAAAACUUGUAAAUUGAAUCUACAUAUUGUGUAUAUAUUUUUGUUAAAAUAUUGAAGGUUGUGAAUUUGCACUUAUGUAAGAAAAAAAAUUAAUAAAGGAGACCAAUGACUCCCUUACAAA